CAACAGCGGAGCAUUCAAACCGAACAUGGCAGCGGGGAGAGAUGUCAACGAACACUCGCUAAAUAAAAGAGUUGCCAUGACCAAAGUGAGGAUGCCCCCUGCAGACUCAGCUCCUCACACUCCUCUCAUCUUUAACCCUGACUUCUUUGUGGAGAAGCUUCGUCACGAGAGUCCAGAUGUGUUUGUGGAGGUGGUCCUGAGUAAUGUGACGCGCCUCAUAGACCUGCCCGGGACAGAGUUCUCUCAGCUGCUCGGAGAAGAUAGCCCCAAAACCCCCACAGGCUCCAGCACGGGCUUCUUUAGGUCCUUCAACUUCCUCAAACGCAAAGAUAAAGGCAUUCUCUUUGGGACUCAGCUGAAUGAAACCUGCAUCGCUCAGAUCUACCAGCUCAUUGAAUACCUCAGCAAGAACCUGCAUGUGGAGGGUCUCUUCCGUGUCCCAGGGAACAGUGUUCGGCAGCAAACCCUCAGGGAGCUGCUCAGUUCUGGGGUGGAGGUGGACUGGAGCUCAGGAGACUUCCACCCAAAUGAUGUGGCCUCUCUGCUCAAGAGUCUCCUGGGAGAGCUGCCUGAACCCCUGCUCACACACAGACACUUUCAUGCUCACCUCAAGAUUGCAGACAUAACCCUCUUUGAUGAACAUGGGAACAAAACGUCUGUGCCAAAUAAAGAGCGUCAGAUUGAGUCUCUGCAGCUUCUGUUCCUGCUGCUGCCGCCCACAAACCGCUCCCUUCUAAAGCUGCUGCUGGAUCUGCUCUACCACACAGCCAAACUCCAGGACAAAAACAAGAUGUCCACCUUCAACCUGGCCCUCAUGUUCGCCCCGCACGUGCUCUGGCCAAAAAAUAUGAACGCCAACGAUCUGAAGGACAAUCUGAAGAAACUGAACAAUAGCAUGGCCUUCCUCAUCAAACACUCACAGAAGCUCUUCAAGGCUCCUGGUUACCUUAGAGAUUUCGCCAAGCAACAUUUCUCUGGAACCAAUGUUCUACAAAGCAAGGAUGACCUUGAGCUCUUGUCCUUGAAUGCCUCCCCGGUGCAGAGGAGAGCUGUGCCCCAGAAGAGGACUGCGACUGGGGCUUUAGCUCAAGACCACUGCCCCUCCCCUGCCUCCCAGUACACGGAGGACGCCCUCAAAGAACUGUUCAGACAUGUCAACAACAACAUGCCCGACUCCGCCAAGAAGAAGAAACUCGUCCGCCAGUUGGUGAAACAGACUGGAACCCCGACCUCCGAUUGUCUUCAGGUCCCUGCAGGUCCCAAAAAACAUCCACGAUCGCGCUCCUUCGGUGGACUCAUCAAGCGUAAAAAUCGUGGUGACCAGCUGACUGCAGAGAGACGACUUCGACAUAUUUCCCCAGAAGUGGCUGUCAGAACGGGGAGAAAAACGGGGAAAGAAAAUGUUUUACUGCAGGCUGUGAACAGCCCAAAUGGUCAGCUUAUGGGAAAGGCGGGGCUAAUAGUAAGAAACCGAGACUUUAAGGAAAAAAGUGUCAAGACUUCAAGGGCGUCUCCGCUGAUGCCCCACUCCUGUUUCUCUCCUCAGGAUGUUUCACUCUGAGCCAUAUUCAUCCCUUUCUCUUUUUUCUUAAUCUUCUUUUCUUUAUAUUUUUAGUGAGUUUUAACUGUGACUAUAACUGCAUAAAACUGAGAAACCAAACCACAGCUCAAGAACUUAUUUGAACUUUUGAGACUUUUAUUGCUAUUAAUGUUACUGUAAAUACAUCACUUAAAUCCCAGCCUCUAGACAUUUAAUAAACUCAAAGUAUUGCCUGAAAUGUUAAUUACAGGUGUUUUUAUGGCUAAAAAUACUUUAAAAUGCACAUUCUUACAGUGAGUGAGGUCACUUCUCCAUAGAUAUCUCCUGCAUCUUGGCCCAGUUAAGCCACCUGUUUGUCUCCAUGAAGAUACAUAUGUCUCAUAACCAAUAAGAAACUAAUAACAUCUCCAUACUGACAAGCAGGUGGCGAACCCUUCACCAGGAAAGUUACACAUUUAACCUUUAAACCAAUAAAUGUAAUAAAGACUGUUGUAAUUUUGUCAUAUCUACAAAAUACAUUUAUGAUAUGAAUUACACUGUUGAUACAUAAUAUGGUCCAGUCUAAUACCACAAAUGUAUUCAUAUUUUCAGUUUCUUGACAUUGGUUUGGGUUCUUUGUUUCACAAUUGCCUUUAAACGUGUGUCUUAUGUAGCUGCUGUAAAUAAGUAACCACUAUCUUGUUUUUGUUUUUUUAUUUGAUUCUUUUUUUCAGACCAAGGUUGAGUUUGUUUUAAUACCUGACAGUUUCAACUACUCACUAGUGAUCUUCCGUAGAGUGGUCACAUGAUGUAGCUGUGGCGUGUCUGGUGAGCAGAUUUAAACAGGUUUUUUGACAAAAGAAUCUAUUAAAAUAAAUUAUUGGAAGACAAGAUGAACCUCAUUGAACUACCAUCUUGUUGAGUCUGUAGCCUGGAGUAUUUAUACAUGUACAGAAUAAGCCUCUUUUAAUAUGAAUUUUAUAAUAUUUUUGUGGCAUUGGUACGGUACAAAAUAAUAAAAUUAAAAGCAGGAAUAAUAUUUCUGCCUGCUGGGUGGUGGGGGGUUAGGGCUGACCAUUGCCGCUUGCGGUUUUAUUUGUUUUGUUACUGUGAUUGAGAUUGGUCAGUACAUUUGACUGUAUCUAUGUUAAAUGUGAAAUGUUACUUGAGUUUAUGGAUUUCUGGGUGAUUUUUAAAAGCUGUGAGUCGUUGGUUACAGAAAGUUGGGAGAAAGUUGUUGUUUGUUGAUUUGUUGGAUUGCUGGAAAUGAUGGGCUUAAAGUUUCAGGUAACUAUAUGAGGGACUACUUUUUUUUUUUUUUUAACACUGUCCAACGAUGUCUACAUCACCUAUAAAAACUUGAACAAUAAUCUUUAUCUGAAGAUCUAAGUAGUGUUGAGUUUUCACUUAGUUAUCUUGGCUCAUUUAUAUUGCAAACUUAAGUAUUACAAUAACAUUUGUGAUUUUUUUCCUCAUAUUUUUAAUAAAGCCAACCAUUGUAAACUUCUUCACUAAUACUGGAAUCACAGUUGAGACCAAGUUUGUAUAUGAGACUUUACUACAGCCGUUUUAAUUCUGAAAUAACAUUGUUUACAGAAGACACUGAACAUAUUUGCAGUCUUUGUAGAUUGUGAUAAUUUGUGUAGCCCUUGAAGGUUUUACAUUUCAGUCUUAAUUUUACACAUUUCAAAAGGUACAAAAACAUUCAUCAUUCCUUUUACAGUCAGUAUGUUUACAUGGACAGUAGUCAGUGCGGUUCUUGUCCGAUUAUGGUCUGAUUUCUCCAGAGAACUGGUCAGACCAUUGCGGUAGUUGCAAUUGGCCAACUACGAUUAUUUGUCACAGAAUUUCAUCUUUAAAUAACAGAAUAUUGCGUUUGUAGCCUUCUAAAUUGCAGGUUAGUGGGGU